AAAUAAAGCCGUAGCGGUGGUUACGUAGCUGAAGCAAAGUGUAGCUCACCUCUGUUAAUCAACCAUAAUCGGUGGCCGAAUCGCCUUAUCAACAGUUCAAGUUUAGAUCAUUGUCUAUAAUUUAUAUCAAUCCAAGCCCUUUUGAAGAAUCCAGAAUCCAAUUUGAGAUCAUUCUUAGGUUUCUUGUUUCUCUUAGGCAAUGGAAGGCCAGACCAGGGAUGAACUUGGUGCUCUGCUCAAAGUUCUUCCUCCUGUAGAGUUUUGCUGCAUUUAUGGUUCAUCUCUUCAUCCAAAUAAUCAUGAUAAGUCAUCCAUGAUAGAUUGUAUUCUCGGUGUAGCAGAUCCUCAGAAAUGGCAUGCUGAGAAUCUGAAGAUGAAUAAAGAUCACUAUGCCUCUUGGUUGGUACAUCUUGGUGGAGCAAAGUUGAUUACUGAAAUUGCAGAUGAAAUUGGUGUUGGUGUACACUUUAAUCCCUUUGUUUCUUUCAAUGAUAAGGUGUUCAAGUAUGGGGUAGUUCGAAUGCAUGACUUGAUUCAGGACUUGUUGAGCUGGGACAGAUUCUACCUUAGUGGUCGCCUACAAAAACCUGUUCAUAUGAUUACGGAUAAUCUGGAUAUUGAGAACGUGAAUUCUGUCAAUUUGAGGGCUGCAACUUCGGCUGCUCUACUUCUUCUUCCUUCUGAAUUCACUGAGGAAAGUCUUUAUGCCGGAAUAUGUAGUCUCUCAUAUAGGGGAGAUUUGCGUAUGCUUUUUGCAGAGGACAAGGAUAAGGUGAAGAAAAUUGUUAAGGGACAGUUUGGACUAUUCCAAGAAAUCUACAAGCCAAUCCUGGAAGAAUAUGCUACUAAGGAUCUGUUGAGGUUCAAAUCAUCAUCAUCUUCUGGUCACCAAGUAAAUAUGUUGCAGGACUGUAGCUUAUCAGCAGCCUCUUCUCUAGUUUGUUCACUUCCUAGUGCAAUCAGAGGUGAAAUGGGGUUUAAGCUUGGUGAAAGGAAGAAUGUCAACCAAUCUGGUAGGAUUGUGCGGGAAAUAAUAAUGUCAUCAAAAGAGGAGGGUGCAGAAUGCUUAAGGAAAGUUAUGAGGAAUAAGGUUAUGAUUGGAAGUGCAAGGCAGGCCGUUUCUGGUUUGUUAACUGUAGGGGUUGUUGGCGGUUUUAGAUACCUUGGAAGAAAGAUGCGAAAGGCUUGGAACUCGUAAAAGAGGUAUGAAUUCCCAAAAAUCUUCUGUUGUAAUACUUGUUUGUACUCGAGUGAAAGCACAACAUAGAACUACGAUAUAUUCGUGGUUUUAUUUUUCUUUCAAGUCGGUUUACAUUCAAAGGAGUAAUCUAAUUUUUUUGUGACGUUUAUUCCCGACCAUUCUUGGGUCCCCUAGCAGGUCGAAUAACCCAAAUUCUUGUUGCUAUUCGAUCAAGAGGAUAUUUUAAAUAAGAGAGGACAAGUCAUUAACUUCUACUAGGGUUCAUGUUAAAUUGGAAAUAGGAUUUUGAAAGAUUUGUUAAUUUGUUUGAUUAUUAUGUGAAUUUUUAAUAUUGAAGAACAACAAUAUUAUUUUAUUGUC